AGUUCAGCUGUUCCGCUCGUUCAGUUCAGCUGUUCAGUCGUGUCUUGUUCAAAACGUAGUAUAUACGUUUUGAACAAGGCACGACUGAACAGCUGAACUGAACAAGCUGAACAGCUAAACUAAAUAACCUAUUGUAGAAAGGCUCCUAUAUAUAUAUAUAUAUAGACCAUCAACACGGCAGUCCAAACGACGAAUCUGAGCUUAUACUUAUAUUCCAGAACCAUGAUAAGCUGAUCACGAUGACACUAAUAUCUGCACAACCUUUGCAGAUAAAGCUUUGUAUUAUGUACAGAAUGACAAAAAGUUUUCGUCACAAAUAAGUAUGUUUGCAAUCCAAAGAGGAAAAUCGUUUCUUUAACCUACACGCUUUGGGACCUGCUGUUGUAAAUAUUAACGUCCAGAAUCAGUGUCUUUCUUCAUUAUGUAGUGGAAAAAGUUUUAAUAGUGACAAAGAAAUAAGUUAUGAAUUUAGUCAAGUCACAGCUUUGAGGUCAUCUUAUCCAACAUGUUUCGUAGUCGUAGUUGGUUUGGCGGUGGGCUCUGGAAGCCUAAAAAUCCACAUUCAUUAGAACAUCUCAAGUACCUAUACAAUGUUUUAUCAAAAAAUCAAACUGUGUCUGAAAAUAAUAGAGGCUUGCUGGUAGAGACUUUAAGAUCUAUUGCUGAGAUUUUAAUUUGGGGUGAUCAAAAUGAUAGCAGCGUUUUUGACUUUUUUCUUGAGAAAAAUAUGUUGUCUUUUUUUCUUCGAAUAAUGAAACAAAAAUGUGGAAGUUAUGUAUGUGUUCAACUACUUCAAACUCUGAAUAUUUUGUUUGAAAACAUUCGUAAUGAAACUUCUCUAUAUUAUCUUUUGAGCAAUAAUCAUGUCAAUAGUAUAAUAGUUCAUAAAUUUGACUUCAGUGAUGAAGAAGUGAUGGCUUAUUAUAUAAGUUUUCUCAAGACAUUAAGUCUAAAACUUAACGCACACACAAUUCACUUUUUCUAUAAUGAGCACACAAACGAUUUUCCCCUUUACACCGAAGCCAUCAAAUUUUUCAACCACUCUGAAGGGAUGGUGCGAAUAGCCGUACGAACGCUAACAUUAAACGUUUAUCGCGUUGAAGAUGCUUCCAUGCUUACAUUUAUUCGUGAUAGAACCGCUGCUCCAUAUUUUAGCAAUCUUGUUUGGUUUAUUGGAAAUCACAUUAUUGAGUUGGAUACGUGUGUGAGAAACGAUGCUGACCAUCAAAGUCAAAACAGAUUAUCAGAUUUGGUUGCAGAACACUUAGAUCACUUACAUUACUUAAAUGAUAUUCUCUGCCUUAAUAUAGAAGAUUUGAAUAAAGUUCUUUCGGAACAUUUAUUGCACAAACUUCUAGUUCCUUUAUAUGUGUAUUCAUUGACAAGACGAAAAGACUUAUUGUGCCAAAAUCAUGAAGAAAGAAAGUAUGUAAGUACAGUGGUAGCUCUCUUUCUAUUAUCUCAGGUGUUCUUAAUUAUUUCCCAUGGACCAUUAGUACGAACUCUUGCAGCUGUCAUUCUGAAGUCAAACAUACAUAUUAUAAAAAAUGGUGCAAGUAAAGUUUUAGAGGAAUAUGAAGACACACUUUCUAGUGAAACUGUUGCCUUUUUACCUCCAAAAGAAAGCUUAGAGAAAUCAUUAGAAAAUUUAAACGAUCUCCAAAAUGAUCCACCAAAAUUGCAGAAUGUUGAAGAAGAGAGUGAAGAGGAGAAAGAGAUUGGAGAACAUGCAGAUAAAGAUGAAGAUGACAAUGAAUUGGUUAAUAAAGUAACUUUAGAAAAACAGAAAGAAAAUUGGUAUAGUACAGACAAAGUUGAUCCAAGUGAGCCAAGUGUUUCUUCUGAAACUGAGACUAGUCUUGUGAAUAGUGAAGUUGAGAAGAAAGAUGUAGCUAAUGAAACCAUAGAAGAUAUCAAGCAUCUAAGUGUUACAGAUGAAGAAAAAGAACAGAGAUUAGCUCUUGAAAGUCCUUUAGAAGCAACAGCAAUUACUGCAGAUCAAGAAUCUUUAUCGGAUAAACCUUUUCUAGAAACCAUAUUGAAUUCUUUGUACUGCACAGAAAACGAUUAUGCAGCUCUAUUUGCUUUAUGCCUUCUUUAUGCUCUGGCUAAUAACCAGGGCUUGCAUCCUGAAACUUUAGGUUUAGUGCUGGCGCCACUAAAGCAUCCUAACAAGAGCCGAUAUAAUGAAACAUUAAUUGAUAGAAUCAUCCAUAUAAUAACACUGAGUUGUCAAACAAAUGCAAAAGUACGACUUGUAACCCUUGAAUUAGCAAUCAAGUUAUUAAUACAACUAGUGGUGUCUGACAAUGUGAGCCUACUGCAGGGUUGUCAUUUAGCAGCUGUUGAAGCAGCCAAAGACCAGAGUACUGCGCUUCUUCGCAAUUUUUAUAAGAGUGAGGAUAUUUUUUUAGAUAUGUUUGAAGAUGAAUAUAGCGAAAUUCAAAAGAAGCCUUUAAAGGUGGAGUGGCUUAUGAUGGAUAGCAAUAUUUUGUUACCCCCUACUGGAACUCCAAUGACAGGCAUUGAGUUCAGUAAAAGACUGCCUUGCGGAGAAGUGGAAAGAGCUCGUAGAGCGAUUAGAGUGUUUUUCUUGAUUAGAGAGUUGUCUCUGACACUGAGCAAUGAAGUUGAAACUCAGUUGCCUUUGACCGACCCUAGUAGCUGUGUACAAGUUAACAAUGUUCUUGACUUGAAUAAUAGCGACCUUAUAGCUUGUACAGUAGUUUGGAAGGACGGGCAGAAAAUACGCAGAUUUUUGGUCAUUGAUCUAAUUCAACUUAUUCUUGUUGAACCUGACACGCGAAAACUCGGUUGGGGAGUGGCCAAAUUCGUUGGUUUCUUACAAGACAUAGAAGUCGCCGGCGAUAAGGAUGAUUCCCGUUGCUUGCACUUAACAAUUCACAAGCCACUGGGCAGUAGCGCAAGCAAUCGCGUUCCUUUACUCUCGACUAAAUUCAUAUUUGAUGAUCAUAUUCGCUGUAUGGCUGCGAAGCAAAGAUUAACAAAAGGCAGAAUAAGAGCAAGGCAGAAGAAAAUGAGCCGCAUAGCAAGAUUACUUGACAUUACGACAACAGCUCCGCAUUGUCCAACGCCGCCAAAUUAUGCUUUAAAUUGUUUACGCAGUGAACCGGGUCGCGGACAAAAAAUACCUAAGGAGCAGCAGCAACAACAACGGAUGUUCACAGUAAAUAAAGUUCCGGGAUUCGGUGUGCAAAUGCGCCGCGAGAGCUUGAAUAAGUCGGCAGGUAGUUCGAGCUUUUCCGGAUCGAGCUUGAAACGCGUGGAUAAUAGUCCGGCACGGACGCGGGACAAUUCACCGAAAAUGCCCCGACCUCGCAGCGAGGAAAUACCCAUGGAGGACAUGCGGCUACGCAAAACUUCGCUCACCUCCAACAUGUCGAACUCCUCAGGUGCUUCGGAUCAUCAUAAGGACACAACCAGUGUUGCGCAAAUCUCGACGCCCAACAGCGGGGCUGAGAUUUCGACGAGAAAACGCGGCUCCGAGGAGACCUCCUUCACUGAAAGGCACACUCACGAGAGCCGGCCACGUAGAAAGGGCCAGGUUGAAACCGUCUGAUUUGUUACUUGUCUACUUACAAUUUAUUCAUUUGGACUCAUUAUCAGUCAGGUUGUCGUUAAUCACUACAAUUUGACUUUUUACCUAUUUUAUUUACAAUCAUGUUUAUUCUUUUCGCUUUUUACAAUUUUUUUUGGAAAUCUUUAAUGUAAACGAGUUCUACACUUCUCAUAGCAAGUGCUUCAUAUUUUUAUUGUAUUUGAAUAUAAUUUUACUCGUUUAUUGACUCAAAAUGUCAAUUCUUUUAAUGGAAUAGUUAUUUUAUGCACGUGAGCAUAACUAAACAAUUUAAGUGACAACAUAUCAGCUGUGAAAUCAUUUUAUAACAAAAGAACUAAUCGAUUAUAGAUGCAUUGAUGGGUUUCAAAAUGAGGAAUGUCAUGUGUUAGAAUAAUUACUGGCUUGCAAUCUAAGCACACUGUGAACUGUAUAUAAUUGAUGUAUAAUCUUUGUAAAAUUUAAUCUUUAUUUUCAACAAGUAAAGUGAUUAAAUGUUUAAUUUAAUGCAAUGUAA